AUGUCGUCACAGCGUCGGCCGCUGACUUCCCGUUGGCUAGAUCUUCUUUAUUUCAUUUACUUUACGACCCAUAUUCCAGCGACAUUGCUUGUGGAUACCAAUGGACUUUUCUCCAAGUUAUUUGACAAGCCUCCAUACGUCCUCACAGCUGCUGCAGAUUACUAUAUCGAGACAUAUAACGAUCCACUGUUUGUGGACAAUAAGAAGACAUGGUUUAGCGCCUUGUCGUAUACUGAAUUAUUGAUACAAACGCCCUUUUUCUUUUAUGCUGCUAUCGGAUUAUGGAAAGAUUCUCCCUCCAUUAGACUUCCUUUCGUGGUUUACUCAACCCACGUUGUGACUGCAACAGGACUAUGUAUUGCUGAAUUCAUAUUCGGCACGCAUGAAAAUGGAGUUUCUGAUCAACAGAGGAUGAGUCUGAUUCUAUUCUAUUUGCCGUAUUUGAUAGUUCCUGCGAUUUGUUUAGUGGAUAGCUUCAUGAAACUCAGAAAGUCAGAGGCAGUACUUUUGGAAAAGAAGGACGAAUGA